CGCACGCACUUUCCUCGAUCGUCCGCGCGACACGCACCGCUGGUCCGCUGCCCGCUGCUCGUCCCAUCCACCCCCGCCUCUCCCACCGCCGGCGACGCGCCGUCCGCCCCUCUCGACCUCUCCCUCCUCCGCGCCGGCCGUCGCGUGCCCCCCCUUAACUACCAGGUGGGGCGGAUCGGCCCGCCACGCUCAUCGGCUUCCUUCCCCGGAGGCGGGGAUUUCUCGCGUCUGCUGUCGCUUCUCAUGCUCGAGCUCGCAUCACGCGUCCACCCGUGAGCUCCGCCCCCUAUAAUGACGGAUCCCGAAACCCUACCCUCUCCCUCCGCCUCCACUGACUCGUCGUCGCCACCACCGGAUGCAUGGGCCGCCGAGUACCGGAGACUCCUCCCUCAGUGGGAGUCAAUGCGUGAUUCAUCCAAGAUCGCUAUCCCAAUUUCAAUAUCUAGAGUUAACCAAUUUGAUGCUGCGAGGCUUGAUGUCGAGAUGUCCGCCAUGUUGAAAGAGCAGUUAGUCAAAGUAUUCUCUUUGGUGAAGCCAGGACUCCUGUUCCAAUAUGAGCCAGAAUUAGAUGCUUUCCUUGAGUUCCUCAUAUGGAGAUUCUCAAUAUGGGUUGAUAAGCCAACUCCUGGGAAUGCGCUCAUGAACCUGAGAUAUAGAGAUGAACGGGCAGCGCCCAUAACAGGAAAAGAAGUCAGAACAGGUUUGGAAGGACCUGGACUUUCAGUUUCUCAAAAGGUUUUGUAUUGUAUUAGCACUGUUGGUGGCCAAUAUAUAUGGUCCCGCUUGCAGUCUUUUUCUGCUUUCCGUCGAUGGGGUGAUUCUGAACAGAGACCACUAGCACGUCGCGCUUGGGGCUUGGUGCAGCAUGCUGAAGGCUUAUACAGAGCUUCUUCAUUCUUUAACCUUUUGUUAUUUCUUUAUGGUGCAAGAUAUAAAACUAUUGUUGAAAGGAUUCUGAAAGCAAGACUUGUUUAUGAGAGCCCCAACAUGAAUAGGGCAGUAAGCUUUGAGUACAUGAACCGGCAACUGGUUUGGAAUGAAUUUUCGGAAAUGUUGCUUUUGCUUCUUCCCCUCUUAAACUCAUCCUCAGUAAAGAAGUUUCUUCUACCUUUCUCCAAAGAUAAAUCAGCAAGUUCUUCUGGCGAUGAAGCAGACUGCCCUAUAUGUCGCUCCAGUCCUAGCAUUCCCUUCGAAGCUCUCCCAUGUCAACACAGGUAUUGCUAUUACUGCCUGCAAACACGUUGUGCAGCCACAAACUCGUAUAGAUGUGCAAGGUGUAAUGAGAUUGUUGUUGCAAUUCAAAGACAAGGAUCAAGUUAGUUUAGAGUUGAAUCCAUAUACAUACAGUGUAACAAAAGCCAAUACAGCUAACUGGAUUCGCGACAACUACACAUGAUUUUCUCCCAAUCAACACGAUUGGUUGUAUUUACUCGCUGUUAUAUUUUGAAUUCCAUGUUUGUAUUAUGUGGCAGCCGUAUUGGGCGGAUCUCUCUCUUAUUUUUCGUGCAAUAUAGUUUUACCUUACAAUCC